AGGGCGAAGGUGAGAGCGCGCAGCGAGCGGAGCGCAUGAUGACGGUGGGCAGAGAUUGAGGGAGGGGGAUACCAGGAAACCAAAGCAAAGCAAAGUGAGGAGGAGGAGGUGUGACAGGAUGGGGGCUCAUCGCUGGAAAAGCGGGAUGAGCUGAAUCGGUACUGGUCUCUCUCUCUCUAUGCCCUCAGGAACAGCAACAGCGCUGCCGAAAGAGCCAACCGGGAGGAGGCUGACUGACUCAGAGUUUGCGCUCUCAAUUAGAGAGGAGGCGGCACAGCGAGACGGAAAAGGGAGGGCAGAGAGAGAGAGAGAGAGCAGAGCAAGCAUUCCAUUCCAUUCCUCAUUCCAUCCCGCCCUUCCUGCCCACAGCACCUGAAGCCACCCGGCCCCCUCGUAUGAUGUAUAGUGUACAUGUUGCAGCAGCAGCAGCAGUAGAGCAAGCUCAGGCAGACAGGGCAGGGGAGGGGAGGGGAGGGGAGGGAGGGAGAGAGAGUGUGCGAGAGUGUGGGCGUUAAGAGUGAGAAAGUCAACUGUCUAAGAAUGUGAGAGCCAGGUGAUCACAUUCUUCCCAUCCUCUUUGCUCUAUGACUUGGUGUGCCACUAUUGAGUUGAUUACAUUCAACGCAUCUCGGGGGGCAGAGCAGAUGGUUCGGUGCUGGUGAUCAGCAAGCGCCAUAAUUUAGGCAGUGUUUAAGGCUGGCUUGCAGGCAGCGAGAGUUCAUUUUCCGGGAAUACUGGCCCCGGGCCAAACCCUAAACCCAACCACCACAUGCGCUUUGUCGUCUGGACGUGCGAUCAGAAUCUGUGCUAAGCCAACUUUUGUGUUGGUCUGGACUGGACUUGCGAGCGAGCGAGCGAAAGCGCUGAAUUUGUAUUUUUUUUACUCCGGUUUCUGUACAACAAUUGGGUGGGCAUGUCCCUGUGACCAGCUGCCCUCCCUCCCCCUCGAGCCAUCGUAUGUCAUUAUGUCCCCCUUAUAACUGCUUUGCUGAACGUUUGUCCGAAUUGUGGAUGUUGCCUUCCUUCCUCGCCAUUGAGAGAUGAAGGGAUGGAAACUUUAAAAGCUCAACGCAAGGGAACGUGUUUUUGAGUUGUAGGAGGUAGUUAGCUAGCAGUAGAUGAGAAGCAGCAGCAUCACCAGCAGCAGAAGCAGCAGCAGCAGCAGCAGCGAGCCGAUUGGGUUCGACUGAGGAGGUUGAGAUCGGCAGCAUCCCUCACUUACACCCCGCCGAGCACCAACACCAACAGCGCACGUGAAGAGUGACUCGAGUGGCAGUAGUCCGGUCUCAAAGCGACCAACAUGUUGCAGUUGUACACGUUAGUUUCCUGGAGGAGUUACCAUUGAAGGAGAAACAGUUGCGUUGUUCUUGGAUGCCCCGUCCAGUCGAGAUCUCAGUGGAUUCCACGAGCUGAAAUCAAUCUGCCAAAAUUGGUACACACUCGAACCUUCGCUGUUAUCAGUUUCAGUGGCUUACCUGGGGAUUUGAAAGUAUAUUUGACGUUAUGUGUUUGAUUUACCUCUUUUAUUGUGUCAGCUCCACUUGCGCUAUCAAAACAUCGAUAUAACGAUAAAAGAAGCUGUAAACAGCUGAAGUAUCGUUUUUACUCCCAUAUCUUUCCCUUUCGGGAGUGCGCAGGUGUACCUUGGGUUGUUUUCAACGUAGCGUUAUUAAUCCCUGGAGGAUUGCCUAUCUAUUCUUCAGCGUUCCCAGGAUAUCUGUAAUCCAAACUUUGGUUAUCUUACUAAUUGGCAGACAACAUGUCUCCAUGUUGUCUAUUAACUGUCGUUGCAAAACGGGUUUUAAUUGGUGCUAAAUUGGCUAUGUCUGAAAGAAGGCACGGAGAGUGCAUGCUCUCCGCCCAUUUUUCGCCGAUUGCAGGACCUUUUAAUCUCCGGACUUGUGUUUUGCCUCUAAGCAAGUUGCAAUGUUGUACCAUCUCGAAAAUGUCACGCUUCCAAUUUUUCUUUAACCUGCGGCUUUCCUUCACAUGGAAUUGAUGAUUAUCAACAUUAUCAAUUGCAUGACACUUGUGUUCUUUAGACAAUCUUUCGACCUGUCACUAAUCAUCAGUUGCGGGAUAUAUCUGCAUAACAAGAGAUUUUCGGAAUCCCGGUUGUUACUCCUGUUAUUUGUCUUUAUAUUAACACGUGAAAUUUUGGUUUUCCAGGUGAAUCGUUUAAAAGAAGGGAUGUAUAGUGUAAGCCUGUGGUUCAGCUUUACUCCUGCCUUCAGAGUGUUUCAGACGUCCACAUCAGUGUCAAUUCUUGGACCUUCCUUCCUUCGCAGUUGUAGAUAACCCUUGGUAGUCUUUUCUUACGGCCGACGGUGGUCAGCCGAUUCAGGAGCCCUUAUCUCGGGAACCUAUCCAAGGCUGAAUGGUAGAUUCAGGCUUCACUUUAGAACCUUCUCCUUUGUUUCAUUAUCUCUCAACUGCACAAAGUAAAAUUACCCUCUGUAGUUCUUUAGUGCCCUGGUGGCUUGGGCAGCCACGGUUUUAAUGGAUGUAUACUGCGAUGGCGGAUGACGUUUACACCAUUCUGGUGACUGGAGCUGUCCUUGCAGCCAUAACGAUCCUCUUCUUCCUAUCCUACAAAGUUUUUAAAAUCUUGAAGACGAGGUAUCGAGCACGAAGGCAAAUGCAGUGUCAAACUUCACCAAGGCCACCGUCGCAAAUACAAGUUCUUGAUAUGAACGGUACUUCACCGGGCAAUGUUUCCCCAUUCAACCCUGUCACCAUGUCAACAAAUGUGUGAUGAUUGGAAUUUUGCCAGUAAAAGCACCUGCAAGUCUCCUCGAGGUUACCAUCCACACCGAAACGCCAUGUACCAUUGGCGAGGCGACGCUGGGUUUGUGAAGUUCUGUAGAGUUGUAGACUUCCAAAAAAGUUGAAUCCCAAUACACAGAGGCACGUAAAUAUGUGCUCUUAUACACUAGAUUGUUUGGGCUGUGAAUGUUUUUUAGCAAGAACAAGUUUCUAGCUUUUGCGGUUGACAGCCGUGCAACAGGUAGGCUCUGAUUCAUAUGAGCAGUACAUGGGUAGAAGGCUCAGCUCCGUAGUUUUUGUCAUGUUGCGGUUGAUAAGGGCUUUGAAAUUGCUG